CGGUGGGCCUUGGGCAGCGCCUCCGCCUCUGAACGCCACCUUGCGACGGGGAGGCGCUCUGGUUCCCAUGGCGCCGCCGCCGCCGCCGCCGCCGCCGCCCUUUCGCACCUUGGAAGCCCGCGGCUCCUCCUGCACGGUCGGCUGCUUUCUGAUUUCUGUCUCGUGCCUUGAAGCACACACUGAAUUUGGGCAAUGAAGGCCAACCUACUGCAAGCUGCACCACCCAUGAGCAGAGGCAGAAUCAUCUCCCACUUCCCAAAGUGGUAUACUCCCGAGGCCUGCCUUCAGUUCAGAGAUCACUUCCACGCCCAGGUGAGGAGCGCCUGUCAGCGAGGGAACUCGGGAGCUGUUGGGCUAAAAAUAUCGAAAGUGGUUGUGGUGGGAGAUCUCUAUGUUGGAAAAACAAGCCUCAUCAACAGGUUUUGUAAAGAUGUUUUUGACCGGGAUUACAAGGCAACCAUUGGAGUGGACUUUGAAAUUGAGCGUUUUGAGAUAGCUGGGAUUCCAUACAGUCUCCAGAUAUGGGAUACAGCCGGCCAGGAGAAGUUCAAGUGCAUUGCAUCUGCAUACUACAGAGGAGCAGAAGUGAUUAUAACGGUCUUUGAUUUGGCCAAUAUCCAGACUUUGGAUCACACCAAACAGUGGCUUGAAGAUGCGCUGAGGGAGAAUGACCCAGGCUCCAGCUUCAUCUUUCUCGUUGGAACAAAAAAAGAUUUAGUGUCUGAUGCUGCCUGUGAGCGAACAGAACUGGACGCCAUCCAUCUUGCCAACGAAAUGCAGGCGGAGUAUUGGUCUGUUUCAGCCAAGACAGGGGAACAUGUCAAGGAUUUUUUUUCCCGAGUUGCUGCCUUGGCCUUCGAAAAGUCUAUGCUGAUGGAACUGGAGAGGAGCAACAGCCGAAUGGCCCAGAUUGGCGCAGGAAACCUCAUCAAAAUAGAAGGAAACUCGCCGGAGGCUCUGGAAGCCAACCCGCAAGCCAGCCCAGGUUGCUGCUAGUGGCCAGCUGUGGGUGCGAGCCUCUGGCCUCCUGGAGGAUUCCCCUAAGGGCACCGCAGGACCCUGGAAGGAGGAGGAGGAGGAGAGGGGAGAAGCGCCGCUGCAGCCUCAACCCUUUGCUUUGGCCAGCCUGCCUUCAGUGGAACCACCUCCUCUGUUGGGGAAAUUCCACUUUCUGGCUCCCGUCAUGGGAAAUGAUCCGCCUUUUCCGGGGGGAGGGGGGUUAUUGGCCCAGCCCCUCCCUCCCUCUCCCUCCACCCUGUUCUAUGCUCGCAAAGCCUGCUUCUGUGGCAAGGGCCGGCCUUGGGUGCAAGAGGAGAGGGUGGAUGGGCCUGUGGGAUGCGCGAGGAUUUUGUGCCCCUUGGUGCAUCUAGGCGGACCGGCCUUCCUCAACCUGGUGCCCUCUGGAUAUUGUGGGCUGCAGCACAGAAAGGUCAGCUGGGGAGCAUGCCAGCCUUCUCCAACCUGGUGCCCUCCAGUGUUUUGGACUGCUGGCUGUCGCUGAAGGGAACCAUCAUCUAAAACAGGCGUAUUGGCUGAGCUAGUGGGAGCUGUGGUCUUGGCAGCUUCAGAUCCUUCUCAAGCUGGAUCCCUGGUUAACCGUGGUCAACAAGAGGGCUGACACCAUCAUGGUUAAGACCAGCAGGAGGAAUGUACUGGGCGGGGGGGGGGGACUGGCGGAAGGCAGCAUGGAGUCCUGCGGCCCUCCCCAGAUUGUGGCCAAGGGGCAGCCUGAGUUGUUAUUCCAUGCUGGCCCAGGGUGAAUGGCGGGUUGCCCUUCCUUCUCUGUAUUGCUCCAAACUGAAGAAAGCCCUCACUUCACUGACUGCCUUGGGCAUAAGGAGCUGUUUAUUGUCAUGUCAGUCAUGGUAUUAAACAUGCAUUUUGAUUUC